AUGCGCCUCGAGGAGCUCUCCCUCUUCAAGGCCAUGAUCGAGGACGGCGAGGCCGGCCGCUUCGACAACGUGCGCGCCGCCGUCGAGGACACGCUCGGCGGCUACUACCGGGGCGUGCUCCCCAUGGUCGGCACGUUCACGGAGGGCCGCGCGCUGCCCGUCAAGUCCGCGCGGACGCCGAUCAAGACGCUGCGCAUGGCGCUGCUCCCCGGCUGGUACGUGCUCUACGGCAAGCACCCGGCGGCGCUCCGCGACGUCGACCCCGAGGACGAGGCCGACGUCGACGGCCUCGAGUCGUGCCGCUGGAAGACGGCGAGCGGGAACCAGAGCCGCGACGUCUGGAACGUCGGCGUCGAGAAGAAGUACUACGACGCCGCGGAGUCGCACCUCCUCCAGAACAAGUUCCGCGCGCGCGGGACCGUCUUCAGCCGCAUCGAGGACGAGGCGAGCCGCCUCUGGCGCGCCGGCGGCGCCAUCAUCAUGAUCCUCGUCGUCUCGCGCCGCGAGGCGCGGCUCAAGGUCGACGCGAAGGACGCGCCGGCCGCCGGCGCGCCCGCGCCCUGGGCGCCGCCGGCCUUCGGCGGACCCGCCUACGCGCCCGGCGCCGCCGCCUACGCGCCGCCCGGCGCCGCCGCCGCCUACGCGCCGCCCGGCGCCGCCGCCCGCGCGCCGCCGCCGCCGGCCGCCGCCGCCUACGCGCCCGAGGCCUACGCGCCGCCGCCGCCGGCCGACGACGGCGGCCCGGCCGCGAAGCGCGCGCGCGCCGCGGGCGGCGGCGGCGACGACAGCGACGAGGACCCGAGCGCCCGGGCCCUCGACGCGCCGCCGCCGCAGAUGCCGCCGGCGCUCACCCGCAACCUCGAGGGCGGCGAUCGCGGCGCGACCGCGGCCUGA